AUGAGUUCGGGUGAUGAUUCAUCGCAGGAGGAUGAUUUUCGCUCCGAUGUCCUCGCUGCUGUGGGUAUGACGCCAGGUGGGAGCUCUUCGCUGAGCUUAAUCCAGAACAAGCUGAGACAGGGCGAUCGAUUUUGGGUGCUUCCGGGCGAAAAAAUUCAGAUCGAAGAGACAAAUAUAGGAUAUAUGUCACCAGUGGGUAAAGUGAAUGGACGAGUACUUGUCACAAACUAUCGAUUACGUUUUGAAGCAAAACCAACCUCAGAAAAUCGACAUAGCAAGACAAAUAUAGGAUAUAUGUCACCAGUGGGUAAAGUGAAUGGACGAGUACUUGUUACGAACUAUCGAUUACGCUUUGAAGCAAAACCAACCUCAGAAAAUCGACAUAGCAAGUGCUGUCAAUUCGAUGUGCCACUUGGAUGCAUUUCACGUGUGGAAAAAGUUGGUUAUUCAACUGUAAGCCGUGGCGAGGAUUCGUACGGCCUGGAAAUCACAUGCAAACCUUUUUUUGCUGUUUUCUACAAGCCGGAAUGGACGAUUGAUGGCUGGAAUAUCUUUGAUACGAUACGUGAAUUCAACCGAAUGCUUGCUGUACCAGCAACAGCUAUUGUGGAGGGUGAAGAUUUUUUGCAAAAAGUUGGCGAAUUCCGAAGCAAACAGAGAAUACCGGUUUUAUCAUGGUUGCAUCCAAUAACGCAAGCUUCAAUAACACGGUCAUCACAACCGAUGGUUGGUGUUACCUCUCGAAAAUCGGCCGAAGACGAACGGUACUGUUCAGCAUCAUAA